AUGAACGACCCGGUUAUGUUACCGUACUACACCGCCCAAAGCAGCCCUGCGAUGGGCAUGUUUAACACCCCCAUGGGGAAACUGCAGCAACAACUGUACAAAGGGGAGUACGCUAUAUUCAAGUACGCGCCGAUGUUUGAGAGUGACUUCAUCCAGAUCAGCAAAAGUGGGGAAGUGAUUGAUGUGCACAAGCGUGCCCAAAUGGUGACAGUGGGCAUCGUUCGCACCAGCCCCUGCCUCACACUACCUGAUGUCAUGCUGCUGGCCCAACCAGCUGCUACCAGUGGUGACAACAGUGCCAGAUGUGGCCCUGCCACCCAGGAAAGAGGAAGUAAGCCUACACCGAUCUUAGAGCUGACCAGGCUGUUUCCCUUGAAGUUUGUAAAGAUAACCAUUCAUAACAGUAUAAAACAACAGCUCCGCCUGAAGCUUAUCACUGGCCGCUCAUUUUACCUGCAGCUGUGUUGCCCUUCGGAUACAACAGAUCUUUUUGUUCACUGGGAAAACCUUAUUUACAUCCUGAGACCACCAAUGGAGGCUUAUAGCAGUACCCAGGCAAUGCUAGCUGAGAGCACGUUAGGUUCACAUGUGCUUGAGGAAGAGCACCGGAGCCCAGUGGCAUAUGCAAUGAAGUUCUGUGACAGGAAUGAUCAAUUCAGCAUCAGGAGACUUCGCACGAACACUGAAGUGUUUAGGCCUACCUAUUUCCAUUAUGGAAGGGAGACGUGA